AUGGGGCGAGAAGUUGGACAAUCUAACGAGGCGGGAAGAAUUACUUUUUUUCUUUCACCUGGCUUUCCUUUCGUUUUCGUACCUCCUACUUUUUCUCAUCGCCCUUUUCCUCCCUCUUCCUCUCCCCAGCUUAAACCAUUUCUUUGUUUUUCGUACAUCUUACUUUUUUCCCUCGCCCUUUUCCUCUCUCUUCGUCUCCCCAGCUUAAACCAUUUCUUUGUUUUUUCGUACCUCCUACUUUUCUCUCCUCACACUUUUCCUCCCUCUUCCUCUCCCCAGCUUAAACCAUUUCUUUGUUUUUUUUCGUACGUCCUACUUUUUUUCUCCUCGUCCUUUUCCUCCCUCUUCCUCUCCCCAGCUUUAAACCAUUUCUUUCUUAAGCCAUUACUUUGUUUUUCGUACCUCCUACUUUUUCUCCUCGUCCUUUUCCUCCCUCUUCCUCUCCCCAGCCUUAAACCAUUUCUUUGUUUUUCGUACCUCCUACUUUUUCUCCUCGCACUUUUCCUUCCUCUUCCUCUCCCCAGCUUAAACCAUUUCUUUGUUUUUCGUACCUCCUACUUUUUCUCCUCGUCCUUUUCCUCCCUCUUCCUCUCCCCAGCUUUAAACCAUUUCUUUCCAUUACUUUGUUUUUCGUACGUCCUACUUUUUCUCCUCGUCCUUUUCCUCCCUCUUCCUCUCCCCAGCUUUAAACCAUUUCUUUGUUUUUCGUACCUCCUACUUUUUCUCCUCGCCCUUUUCCUCCCUCUUCCUCUCCCCAGCUUAAGCCAUUACUUUGUUUUUCCCUGUUCUCGUAUCUAUCUAUCUAUCUAUCUAUCUAUCUAUCUAUCUAUCUAUCUAUCUAUCUGCAACAGCCUGUUCUCGUAUCUAUCUAUCUAUCUAUCUAUCUAUCUAUCUAUCUAUCUAUCUAUCUAUCUAUCUAUCUACAACAGCCUUUUCUCUAUCUAUCUAUCUAUCUAUCUAUCUAUCUAUCUAUCUAUCUAUCUAUCUUCUCUAUCUAUCUAUCUAUCUACAACAGCCUGUUCUCGUAUCUAUCUAUCUAUCUAUCUAUCUAUCUAUCUAUCUAUCUAUCUAUCUAUCUAUCUACAACAGCCUGUUCUCGUAUCUAUCUAUCUAUCUAUCUAUCUAUCUAUCUAUCUAUCUAUCUAUCUGGUAACCUUAUCUAUCUGUCUGCUUCUAUCUAUCUAUCUAUCUAUCUAUCUAUCUAUCUAUCUAUCUAUCUAUACCAUCUGUUCCUAUCUACUUCAAUCUGUUCCUAUCUAUCUAUCUAUUUCAGCCUUUUCAUAUCUGUCAAUAUGUCGUAAGCUCGAAUAG